AAUUUGCUCCUGAAGACGUAAUGUCCAUUUCUUCUGGAUUAAUCCGGAAAUUCCUUUAGAUUUGUCAUUUUAAAAUGAGAUUUUAUUUUUUGUGAAAAAUUUAAAGUUGAUUUUAUGCUCGCACCCCUUCAGUUGCCAUUGACCCAUUCAAAGUUCAAGAUGGCGGAGGAGAUCCCAGUUUUUCCGAAUGUUGGUUCUAUUUUGAUAAAUACGGGUAAUAUAGUCAACUGGAAUCGGCUAAAGCGUAAACCCAGUCGUCAAUCUAAGGAUGAGCUUGUAGAAUGCCUGAAUGUCAGUAUAUCAGAUUGGAUUGUUGGUAUAGACAAAACAGAAGCCCAGUAUAUGAAUGACCUGGAAAUAAUCAGCAAAAGAGUGGAAGCAGAGAAACUCACACCAGAAGAAAGAGAACAGCUAAAAAUUACAGUAAAAAUCUUCAUGGGGAGUUUAGAUCCUACCGCCCUGUCAGAUGCUGUUUCUAGAGCUAUGUCAGACCUCGGAACUACAUUUAUAGAAACAGUCCUUGUAUCAUUCCCUGAGAAACUAGGGGAGGAUCUAGAGAGUAUAAAGCCAUUGUGGAACAGAUUGGAGGACUUCCAUGCAGAUGAUACAGUGUAUGGUAUUGGGGUGUGUGAUAUGAGCAAGGACCUAUUAGAGCAACUCUAUGAUUGGGCUAAGGUGAAACCAUGUAUAAAUCAAGUGAAUUUGGAAUCAUGCUGUGUCAUGCCCCCAGAACUAACAGAAUAUGCCAAAGAAAAUGAUGUGCAACUUCUAACACACAAUGACCCUAGAGAGAUCCUCUCCAUAGAGACACUCCAGGACGUCAUUCGAGGUCAGACCACUGAAGAUGACGCCCAGUUGUGGCAGCCAUCUUGGGUGCUUCGGUACUCCGCAAUGGUGAAAUGUAGGGGUAUCAUCAAAACCAAAGGCUAUAUAACAAAAGCAACCAGAGAUAUCAAGAAAAAGAAACUUUAGAACCAGAUUCUUGCUGUAAAUAUUAGCCUCGAUGAAGCCGAAUCAAAAAAUCAUGAAAGGAUAUUUGUAAAAAUUUUAUUUGUAUAUAUUAUUAGGAAACAUAUAAGCAGAUGGGUUAGGAUUGUACAGUUUAUAGUAGCAGUGUAAAUAAACAAAGAUAAUCAGGGUGAAGGAGAAUCAGUGAGAAUAUGUCUCUGUAUCAAAAUGUGCAGUAUUGUUUUACCCUUGUUUGUUAGAUUGCUUGUUUGUUUGUUGAAUGUACUUUGUUUUGUUCUUACAAAUUUCAGAUGCUACAUUUGAUAUGAUUUAUGAUACAAAAAAUGCUUGUUAAUACAAAAAUGUAAAUUUUUCUCAAGGGAUAAAUUAUAUCCUAUUAUGUAAUGGUCUGUUCCAUACAUAUGAUUUAAUAAAUGUGCCAGUAUAAAAUUCUUGGCCAAUUAUGAUACUACAGAAUCAUACCUGCAAUUUGAUGUUAAAGAGUACACUUGAUAGUAUAUGAGGGUCAGAACUUUGUGUAAAUCUCUCUAUAUACACUUGUAAUUUGUCUAAUAAUUAAUUAAAAAUGUCUUACAUUAAUUUUAAAUUGGAUGCAUGAUAUCCACUUAAUCAUAAAUUGAUCUAUCAUAUGCUGGUAUAUACUGGUGUAUCUAAUGGUUAAAAUUUUAUAUGGAGCUUUCUGAAAUGGCAGUUUAUUAUUAUGUACAUAGUCUUACUAUAUCACUGUCAUAUUCCUCACUCUCUGAUUGGUAAAUCCUACAUGUGGCUAAAAAAUAACAAGCGAUAAAA